AUGCAGCUAGUGAUUUUUCAUAAGGUUGAAUUUACCAAUGACCUCCAACUCAAUAACAUCCACACGAGCCAAAUCCCGGACAAUCCCCCGUCCAUCCACGCCUCGUCGCAGGUGGCUAGCCAUGGCUUCCAAAACCAAACCGAAACAACAUCAGCCCGGCCCGGCCCGCGAAAACCCGCUCCAAAGUUGAACGGGCCCGUAAGAUACAGCCGGCCCACGACGACGACCGACAAAUUUCCGACCUUUGACGACGUCAGGCGAAUCACAAUCGCGAGGCCCGAACUAGCGAGAUGGCACGCUCGUGGGCCUGGCAUGCUCGACCGGCUCAUCCCGGGGUGUUUCGUGCGGGUCGCCAUCGGGCCCACGGACCCUCCCGUGCACCGCCUCUGCGUGGUCCUCAACACCGACGAGACGAAACCCGACCGACGGUACGCGUUCGGCGGCGGGCCCACGGCCAAGUACCUCAACCUCGUGUGGGGGGACGAGCGAUCGGCCGCCAGGUGGCGACUGUUCGAGUGUCUCGUCCGGGAGUCGGCCCGGUUCAUAGGGCACGUUCCCUCGAGGGACGAGGUCCUCGAGAAAAUCGAGCUCCUAGAAAACGUGCGCGUUAGUAGUUCGGUGGGCCCAGGGGAAAGAAGGGGUGGGUCGGGAGAGGUGGCGGGCGUGGGCCCACCAGUACUGGCUCGAAGGAGGGAACUGAACAAGUUGCAUGAUUUCGAGUUGAGGGUCUCGUUGGUGGGGCUUGAGAAGUUCGGUGGGCCCAAUGGGGUGAGGGCCGGGUACUUGGCGAACAAGGGGCGGGUCGAGGGGAGGCAAAGGUUUAGGGCCCCGGAGGAUGACGUGGCGAUGAGCGUGGAGGAGUAUCGGAGGAGGAGGGGCCUCACUUGA